UGUUAUAAAUAUUUUGAAAUUUUCUAUACCAAGUGGAAAUAUUAAAAAAUAAUAAAUAGAUCGGAAUGGACUUGGAUCUUUCCCGUGCUGAUAUUAUAGAACAGCUCAUAAAGAGGGAGCUAUACCUCCCAAAUGUGGAAAAGUUGCCGCUUGGGCAGCUGGAGGAGAUCCACCGGGGAUUCGUUGUCCCAAAGCCUAAAAGAGAGCGGGAACCCCGCGAUCGCACCAAUCUCAUUCCUAUUUCCAAUCCCAUAGAAAUGGAACAGUUGACGCAGCGCAUUAAAUCGGUGGCCGUGGUGGGCCAAAAACGACCGCAUCCAGAGAGUCCGAGCGAUGAUUGUGCCAAGCAAAUCAAGAUGGACCUGUAG